AAAAAAAAAGAGUCACAGGCCUUAAAGAUGAAAAGUUUCCUCCUCCGGACGAGUUUUUAGGGUGCGCGUUUUAAAGUUGCGAUUUUUACCAGGGAAAAGUUUAACUUUAAUGGUUGAAAAGUUUUCCAAAACAGCACCCGGGUGCACCCGAACCGGACGGGGACAAGUUUGGCCGUGAUCCGGGCGGUCGAGCGGUGGAAAACGCGCUGCGGAAAAUUGAUCUGGAAUUGGAUUUGCUGCGAGCGACGGCGGACCAGAGCUCUGGGGUAGGAAAAUUUUCUGCGCCCAAAAAUCCCCACACAUUCGCCAUCAUCGUCGUCGCGGGGCUGGCAUUCAGCCUCCAGCAGCUUCAGCGAGGGGAGGGGGGAAGGUUGAUAAAAGUUAGACAUUUUAUUUGAUUGCAAUGUGAAAGUGAGUGAGAGUGAAAUUACGCCAUGGAACUCGGUCGGAACGGGAAGACGACGUCGUCCGGAAAACGCGACGCCACCCGCGGGAAGUGAAGAAAAGUGCCAGGUUUUUUCGCCACUUUUCAAACGCACCGAAAAUGGAGUAGAAGUGAAGGAUUUCUCGAGGGAUAAAGAGGAGAUAAGGAAAAGAAGGGAUAGCAAAAAAAAAGGUCGACGGAAUGCAGGAUACGAUGCCAAAGGCGCUCGAUAGCGACACGGAGUCGGAGAUCCCAGCCAGUGUGCAGAGCAACAACAACAGCGAACCCAACACGGACAUUGACGAGAAACCGGAAGUGGACGCCCUGUGCGCCAGGCUCGGCAAAAUCGAACCCGGAACGCUUCCACCUACCACCAACGGUCCUGCCCCGACCAAUGGCAACUGCAGCGACACCGACAGCUCGGUCAGCAUGGCCAGCAGUGCCCGGCUGACGACGACGCCCUCCCUCGUGGCCACCGGAAGUGGCAACCUGUCCGAUGGGCCGUCCUCCCUCCCCGCUCCUCCUCCCACCCUGUUGCCCAAGGUCAACCCAAACGCGACCCCUCCAACGACCCCCACCAAAGACCGAGGCGCGUCCGGAUAUGGGUCCGGUUCCGGCGGGACCACUUCCAACCCGGAUCGCGUCAAAAAGUACCGCCACCAGCACUUUAGCAAAAACAUCUACAUCGGAACGAAGAACGCCGAAAAGUGGGACACGCUGCGGAACCUGCUGCAGUUCAAGAACGACGUCGAGUUUGUGUCCUUUCUGCUCCGGCUGGCCGAGCUGGACGAGCGGAAGCGGAAGGUGGCGCGGGCGGCGGGGAACGGAUUAAACGGUGAAGAUCUGCACCGCGACGACGAAUCGCUGCACAACGUUCUUCCAAGCAUGUUGGCAAGCUCCAAGGUCGACGGCAAACCUAGUGCUAAGAAAACCAAAAGAGUACAAUUCCAAGAUAGUGUAAAUAUAAUCAACGACAACAACAGCAGCUGUAGUCUGCGCACUUCCGGUGGCGGCGGCGGCGGCGUCGGCGGUGAGGACAACGGUGGCGUGUUUGACUUCCAUGAAGACGAAGAAGACGGGGACGGGGCGGAGGUCGAGUUUAGACGGCGUCGAGCACGGUCCCAGCAGCCGCUCCGAUCGCCGGGUCCACCGGACGGGGAUGACCAGCGAGACGAGGAGGCGGCUACGGAUGGGGGAGAUGAGGACGAGGAGCAGUACAUCGUGCAGAAUAUUAUUAAGAAGCUGCCGGGGCGUUUGGGGCAGGGUAACGAGGUUCAGCAGGACUCGAUCAGCAGCACGAUGGGUUCGGUUUCGGAGGACUCGUUGCACACGGAAAUGGAAGUGCUGGACUAUCGUAUAGCGGAGAAGAUCAAGACGGAGCUGGAGGAGAAGCAGAAGCUGGAGCGGAGAUCGUUCAACGAAGAAAUGCCAUCGACUUCCAACUUUUCGGAGCAUUCGGAUCGUCCGUCUGAUGACGAGGGUUAUGACAGUAAGAUCAACAUUAAGAAGCUGGAUAUUCGGAAGGCACCGUUUGAUCCGAAGCUUGGGGCGCACAGGAAAGUAAAGCGCGAAACGGGAUCUGUGGAUCUGCGUAUAGAGUACGAGGAGCAGGACUACAAUCCACUGAACGGCAAUGUAGACGAGCAGAGAAUGCUGUUGCCUCCACCGAAGAAGCCUAGAAAAGCACCUACAACGAAGAACAAAGCCUGCACGGGAUGUGGACUCAAGCAUGGAACGGAUCCGUGUCCACUGAACUCACCACUCGCGGUAAUCAAUAACAAAAUCGAGCUUAAUGAAUGGUUAGAACAGAACGAGGAAAUUAUCAAGAAGCACAAGAUCGUGUUGAAACCGGAAAAUCCGGAGGAGAUGGACGACGAGAACGAGGACGAUUACAAUGACGACGAAGACGAUGACGAGGGCGAUGAGAACGAAGAGAACCAGUACGAGGAGAAGCUGGACAUUCUGCCAUCGUUUGCAGAAACGUCACUUCCACCGGAGUUUGAGCUGCGUUUGGCCCCACUUGCAACGACUUUAAGUACCGUCGCCGCGGCCGGACUCAACACGAGCACGCAAUCGCUAAACAUCGACCCGCACGAUUCGGCGUCUUCCUCGGCGAUACAGCUGAGCGAUUCAAACCCCGCAGCACAACAGCUUCCACCACCGCCAACGGCGGCAUCCGUUACCAACACAAUCAACCACGGACUAAGCGUCUACACCAAGAUCCCCCUGCCGAAGUACACCCAGCUGGGACCCGCCAUCGGGCUGAUCGUGAAGGAGACGGAAAUCCAGGACGACUGCACGAUGCGGUACAUCUUCGAAACGUUCAACGGCACCAAGUCCACGUACUUGAGCAUGGAGAACAAGAACCAAGCCAACUGGUUGCGCUACCUGCGCCCGGCACGGCACCGCGACCAGAAGAACUGCGUGCUGAAGGUACGCAACGGGGACAUUGUGUUUGUGACCAGCGUCGACCUGGAGGUGGGCAGCGAGCUGCUGUACUGGAGCGACGACACCAACUCUGCCUGGGGCAAGAAGAAGAUGGAGAAGACCAACUGCGGCGGCUGCAACCUCAAGUUCGACCACCCGCUGUUCUACCGGACGCACUGCUCGGUCUUUCACGAUCCGGCGUUCAGCCUGACGAUCCGGAAGUACCACUGCAAGGUGUGCGGCAUCGCCGUGCUCGGCAAGGAGAACAUCAUGAAGCACGCGGAAAAGAUGCACGACGGCAAGGGCGCGUACCAGUGCCAGUUCUGCUCCAAGUUCUUCCUGCGGCUCAACUACCUGGAGAUGCACCGGACGUACGGCUGCAGCAUGAACCCGCAGCGGGCCCGGCCGCUGUGCGACUUUUGCGGCCGCAAGUUCUGCCAGCCGCAGAAGCUGAAGGUGCACAUCAAGCGCAUGCACAGCGAUAUGGCCGAGGUGCUGCGCGACUUCCAGUGCAAGCUGUGCUCGAAGCUGCUGGGAUCGCGUGCCGCCCUGCAGCGUCACUCGAAGGAGGUGCACAGCCGGAACUCGGCCGUGGUGAGCUGUCCCCGCUGCCAGAAGCUGUUCCAGAACCGGAGCAACCUGAAGAUCCACAUGCUGACGCAUUCGGGGGUGCGGCCGUUCAAAUGUGCGGAGGGCGAGUGCUCGGCGGCGUUCACGACCAAGCAGUGUCUGCAGUUCCACUACAAGAAGGUCCACGGGUACACCCAGGAGCAGAUGCCGAAGAUCGAGCGGAGCGUGGCGUACACAUUUGACGCGUAUUCUGGUGGUAUGAAUAAUGGAUUGGUUGAUCUCCUUACAGAUGGGCUGCAACGUCGGCAACGGAGGAAACUGGAACCGGGCGAGGAGGGUCAGAGCCAGGGCGAGAAGCGGAAGCGCGCACCGAAGGAACUGCCCGGCAACAUUCUCAAAACGAAGAACAUCCUGGAGUCGUUCAACGAAAUCUGCAAAAAUGACAGCAACUUGUCGUUGCUUUCCACGAAGAUUUCGUCGAUCCUGAACGGGAAUCUUAAAGAUUUCACCAAAAUGACCGGGGGAGUCCCCGGCAUGGAGGGCGAAGGAGUCCGGAAGGAAGAGCUGGACGACGAGCUGGACUCGAACGAGUGCGCAGAGCGUGACGAACGGCUGGAAGCGAUCCAGCGUCACCUGAAUCAACCGUUGCACGAGGACAAGCACGACGACUUUGGUCAGCUGCACUCUCGUCUGUCAAACAUAUCAAGCCACAGUGACCCGAGUGCGAUGCACUACAAACUGUCAAACAAUGAAGACGAGAAGCCGCUGACGGACGCGGAUGGCUUCGGAGACCUGGGCUCGCUCGCGGCCAACCACAAGUACAAGGAAUUUAUGAACAGCGGAAAUCCGGGGCUGGUGAUCAGCAAGGGAAGCAAGAAGUGGAUCAGCGACAACGAUCAUCUUCCGGACGAGAAUAACUCGGAAAGCAUGCUGGCAGCAGCGGCCAACCGUGACUUCCUCACGAAGCUGAUCAUGAACGGCAAUGUUGGCCACAGCAACUCCCAGUCUCAAGCGGUGGAUGACGACGAGGACGACGAUGACAACUCUACCAUACUGGAUGUGGUCGAUUCCAACAAUCAGAACCAGCAAAAUUCAGCCGUUCAAAAUCAACAACAAUCCCAACAACAACAGCAACAACAACAGCAGCAGCAACAACAACAACAAGAGCAACAGUAUACGUCUAGCUUUGCAGGGUUGAACAGUAGUCUGCCGGAUCUUCCAGCGUUCCAGAGUCACACCUUCCCAUCGCACUUUAACCACCAGUCGUUACUCGGAAGCUUCUACAACAACAACAGUGGAGUGUCAGGCCGAAACGCCAUCAACACCAUCCCGACUUCGGCUAGCAUGUUGGUCGAGGCCGCCCUCAACUCGGUCAGCAACAUCAUAAACGAAGCGGAGAUGAACAACAGCAACAACGAAAACAACGAUCUUCACAUAGGGGACAUUGACGGCGGCACGGGAGGCGCCGGUACUGACAACAAUCUACAGUCGGACACCUUCACCACCAGCGGCAUCAACAAUUCCGUCGACGACAUGAAGAUGUUGAAGCCGCACAACUUCCCACUGCAGAUGAACUCGCUGUCGCAGUUCUCAUCACAAUCCCCCGAAGAUGCCAGCAUUAUUCAGGAACGCAACGAAAUGGAAGCGUCGCGACCAAAGUCUCGCGACAAGCUGACCAACUACCCGGACGGUGAGAUGCUCGGCUACUCGGAUCAGCAACACCAGCAACAACAAUCCCAAACCGCACAAUCCCACAAACACACCCCAAGUGUGGAGUCCGUGCGGAGCGAACUAUCACCAGAACAGAACGACUUCAACUACUCAAACUCGAACGGAGCGCAGCGACAGCAGCAACUGGCAACCAACUCACCAGCACGUUCGACGACCUCUCGCCAGAUCUACGCCGAACAUGAUCUCAUAUCUCCAGCGUCAACCCCAUCGCUUCCACGGUACGAUUUCGGCACCGAGAACAACAACAGCUACGCAAGACGGCAGGAGAAGACCAUCAGCUCGCUUGCGUUGGAGAACUUUGAGGCGAACCUCAAAGCCAACAACCACCACAUGCAGCACCUGUCCAGCGACGAGGAUAGCAGCAUCGUGAUCGCGGAGAAUCUGUCAGUGAACGCGAACGCCAGCGAGGCGAAGCUCAAGAUUGCGAACCAAACGAGUGCGGUAGAUUUUAUGGCUUCCAGCAACGGCACCGCCAACAGCAAGUACGACACCGGUCGAAACAACAUCGGGUCCGACCUGUCGACCGAUCUUCGCCUCAAGUACAACGCGGAAUCCAACGUGGACCUGCCGGACUUCCGCUCCGGCAGCACCAUGAACGACACCACUUCCGACUUCCAGGGCCUGGACAUGACAGCGCGGGCCGGUCUUCCGUCGAGUUAUUCACACAGCAACUUCCAGGUCCCGUCCGCGGCGGGAGCGAACCUUAACUUUAACCGAUAUCAUCACCAUAUCUACGACAUUCUCAGCGAACGCGAGCAACACCAGCAGCAGUCCCAGCAACACCAGCACCAACAGCAGCACCAGGAGUUCCAGCUGCAGCAGCAACAACAACAACAGCAGCAACACCAGCAGAUGCAGCACAUGAUCCAGGAUCACAUCGCCCAGCAGCAGCAGCAGCAACAGCAGGACACCGAGUCCGAACAACCGGCGUCAGUCGACCUGAGUCGCACCUCCAACUACCUGGUCCCAUCCCCACCAUCCCCAGCGCUUCCCUACUCGCACCCCCAUCCGGACAUGAUCCGCAUGGUUUCCCUCGACCUGAGCUCCAACAGCGGAGGCAACAUGAUCGUCGGCAACACGCCCCACCACGUGCGCCACCCGUCCUUCCUGUCCUCGCAGAUCCAGCACUCCAACCGGGACCCGCUGCCCGAUCACCACCGACUGCUGGCCAGCGAGCAGCACCGUCUACUGGUCGACCCGGCUGCCCAUCUGAUCUUCGAGCAGAACAACCGGCUGCUGGCGGAAACUCCCGGACCGGCGCCACCUCCGCCGAGGCACGUCGUCUCACCGCAGCGAGGCUUCGGUGCGUACCAUCAUCACCACCAUCACCAGGUCAGCUCGUCGAACUACCAUCACCACUCGGUGAAGCAGAAUCUUACCUCUCCGCCGCUGAAUCAGCACGCUUCCGCGGCCGCCGCGAACUAUCAUCCCUUUCCGACUUACUACUAGGAAGGGGUUGGACGGGGGGAAUAGGUGGUCUCUUUCGGUGCAAUAGCCAUGCAUAACAUGUCAGAAAUUUCUUGUCGGAAUUUUGGAUAAUCGGAUCAUUGGAUAUCCGAAUUGUUAUCCUCCUGUCAAACGCAUCAUUUGAUUUCGACCGCCGUGGUUUGUUUUCAUAAGGUUACCUUUCUUUUGACCUGUUUAAGUCAGUUUUUGUGCGCUCGCUUCCUGAUGUUGAGUUGACAAAUCCUACAGGGAGGCCCUUAAACGUGACAGGUUUUUGUUUACAUUACGAGUCACCCGAAUCAGUGAUAGGGCUUUCUAGGACAAGGCGCUGUCAGUUUACAAGUACACUGUCAGCAUGUUUGUCCACUUUUGCUCGUUGCCCGUUGUUUUUUUUUGCAAGCAGAAACAUAACUAAACUUUUCGGUACCCUCAAGGAGGUAUCAGACUAUGACAAACAAACAAGCAAACUCGUACUUUUGACAGUUUGACAAUGUGUAUGCACUUGUUUGCAGAAAUGUCAGCCUGGCCCAUUGUUUGGCUAGACUUGUGUGACAGUUCAAGCAAAAGUGUAUUGUUUUUUUUACCAAAUUUGUCGGAUACCUAAACGUCAAAUCAGUACACAUUGCUGUCGGAUCUUUUUCCGAAUCUAUUCGAGAUAAUAGCCGGCAGCUAUUUUGUAUGGUUUGAUGUUCGCGGGGAGAGUCUACAAAAUGUAAACAAAAUUCUUCGCGCAUCAGCCAACUCUGCUCACGUCGGUUUAUGUUUACAUUAGGAACGAGCAAGAUUGAUAGUUUAGGACAUAUUAGACUAUGACAAACAAACAAACAAACUCGUUUUUUUCGUGUUUUACAGUUUGCCAAACUCGCAAACAAAGCGACUGGCGUUUCUGCAAACAAAUGCAGGCAAACAAACAAAGCAGGCAAACUGCCAAACUGUCAAAAAGCUUGUUUUUUGCGAGUUUUUUUUUAUUUGUUUGUCGUAGUUUAAUACGUUCUUUUGUUUACAUUUCGGGUUUGGCCCAUAUACAUGGUUUUGCUUGAAAUUUUUAUGUUCGACUUUAAAGAUCGCUUGACUUUUUUACAUUGAAGUGAAGGAAAAGUUUGCCGUAAAGGAGUAGCGAAAACCUGUCAAAACUUUGUACUAAAAGAUUAUUGUGACUCUAAGGCUUUUUAGUCGAAAAUUUACAAACACAUUCACACCUCUGCGUGCCACAGAAGUCAUUUUGUUUGGAUCAAAAUCUGCUUUCUCUUUCUCGCAAAAGUUGUUUGUCAGGCGACUUAUAUCUGGUUUUUAAGGCCCGAUGACAGUUAUAAUAUUUCAUAGUGACAGCUCAGGCUCGAUCUUUGUUUGCAUCAGAACACUGUGACGAGGAGUUCGUCUUUUUGAGUUGAAUUAUAUUUUUUUUGCACUGGGCCUAGAAAGCCUUAUUGGAAAUGCCAACUUGAUUAGUGAGAUUUACCCUCUUCAUUCAUUUUAAGACCACCGUGCGGACGUACUACUAAAGUUUGGACAAAAAAUUCAAUUUUGCGUAAGAAUGAAGCAGGUAUUAUACUAUGACAAACAAACUCGCUCUUUUUGACAGUUUGUCAGUUUUCCUGCUUUGUUUGUUUGCAGAAACGUCAGCCAGCAUACAUUUUGAGUUGUUUGCGAAUUUGUCACAAACAAGUUUGCGAGUUUGGCAAACUGUCAAGCACGAAAAAAGGACAGUCUGUUUGUCAUAGUCUAACACCUGGUUGGGCAAACAAAAUGGCGGGUUUUCAUAAUCAACAUGGCGAUUGCACGAGGAGGUCGCACCAAAGAGACAAAAUGUAACAUAAGCUAGCCUAGCUUUGCAAACAAGAAAAUACCCACCAGUAAUGAGGAUUGUAGAACAAAAUGAUGUACACGACUUAGAAUUUAGUAGCGUAAACACAGACACAGAAACAAAGCAGUCGAGUUCAUUUGUUGAGAAUGUCACAACUGAAUUUUGAUAACAUUAACUUAUUUCCUAUUGUUUUAAUUGUGCAAAUGUAUUUCGUGAAUGUAUUAAGCAUGGGAUGUUUUUUAUUUGUUACCACUAUUAUCUUUAGAAACUUCCAAACAAUCAAAAAAAAACUUAAAUCGCGCAAAAGGCAACGCCCAACUGUAUUCAGAAGAACAAAAGACAUUAUAAAUGUUUAUUGGAGUUUUUUUCUUUUUUACAUAAAUAGUACGAAGCGAGCAGACAAUGCUUUAUAAUAACACUUAUCGUAGUUUGUAAUGUUUAUUCCAAGCGAAAGAAGGAGUAAAGCUAAAAUACUAGAGUUAUACCAACAAAACAAAACAAAAGCAUACAAAAUUCAACAACCAUACGAAGGCGUCGUCCAUGGAUUGCGUAACAAAAAAAAAGUGAAUCGAAUAUUUAAAAAAAACACAAAAAAUCUUCCCCAAGUUUCCCCAACAUUGUGCAAUGCUUCCCAUUAUGUAAAAAAUAAAUUGUAUUUGCUCGUGCAUCAGUGUUACGUUGAAUUUUGUAAGGCGACGCCGCCCCACGCGAGUAAAUCAGUAAAUAAAUGUGCCAAAAACAAAACAAACAAACAGCAAACACAAACUAGUAUGAAAAAAGACACAUCCUUUGUUCUCAUGCUCUCUUAUCUAUACCGAAUCAACAGUCUUGUCAGUCAGUCGUUUUAUGAUUAGUAGCUGUAUAAUCGAUAUUUACAAAACAAAGCAAGAAAAAAAAAGAAAAACAAACCUGUAUCUGUGUAAUAUUAUGGCAAACUUUAAAUACAAAACAAAAUAGUGUUCUAUGUAACAAUGGCACAACUCAAACAAAAAAGAAAAGAAAAAGAGAGAGAUAUCUAAUCUAGACAAGAUUCUCUUCCGCGUUAGAGCAGACACACCCACAUAGCAGCAGCAGCGUACCAUAACUCGUAGAGAGUAAAUAAAACAUAAAAAAAAAAACAAUGUUUCAUAAAUAUUUGCUAACUCACCACAUUUGACCAAUCUGGCGAAAAUACGACAUACAAAUGGCUACAAUAAAAACAUAUAGAAUCACCAGCAUGUUUGAGGUUGGCAAGAAAAAUAAAAACCUUGAAAAAAUAACCUGAAACAACAACAUAUUACUCAGCCAGCAAAAUUUUGCAAACCAAAAAAAUAUCAAUUCAACACUUACAAAGAAGAAGAACAAAAAAGAAGAGAUAAGCAGAAAACAUAAAUAAAAUCAGGCAUGUGUAUAAUACGAUAAAUUAAUAAAGAAAAAUUGAAAUAUG